AUCCCUCUUCUCUCUCCUUCACCUCUAUUAGUUAUCCUCUGUAGUUCUCAGAGUUAACAACCUCCGCACCUCGAGACACCCAGACCCCGGCCCUGCCCUAACCCAGCCACGCUGCACUAUGACCAGCCUCAGAGCCGGACGGAGGGCCCUGGCCCUGGUUCUCCUGGUUGUCCUCCAGCUUCAGGCCUGUAGGGGACAGGGGACUGCUGAGCUCAGGAAGCCCAUCUACCAGAGACUCAGACGACUUGACGAUCAGUUCCGUCGAUUCCAGGAACAGACCCUGACCCGGUUAGACCUUCUGAACCAUGUGUCUAAUGUGUCGACCCCCUAGAGGUCAGAGUUCAGACCCUGUCUGACCAACACAGAAACCUCACCCAGGAACUAACGCAACUCAGAGACACCACCACACAGGAGCUGGACGUCCUGAAAGACCGGAGCAGUAAACUAAAGAGGAAGAACAAGAGGAUGGAGGGAAGACUGGCCUCGCUGGAGAGAGGACUGAGACACAGACAGGGACAGGGCAGCAGGCAGACCCAGAGACUGAGUCAGGAGCAGGGAGAGUCUCUCUCCAGCCUCACCCUGGAGCUCCACAGCCAGGAGGGGCGUCUCGACUCCCUGGAGGCCCAGCGAGAGGAGCUUCUGGUCGGGCUGAGAGGUCUCCAGGAGUCCCUGAGGGAGCAGGGUCUCCGGAUGAGCCGGCUCGAAGGGAGGCUGGGGGAGCUUUUACAGGGGAAUGUAAUCUCUUCCAGGGGAUCAGAGAGGACAGGAGACCCCAUCACCUCCAACCUCACCCCCCAGGACACAGCACCCCCACGGAGGACCCAGGCCUCCAGAGGACAGAGCCCAAGACAGGACACCCAGACAUAUUACCAGCCCCAGCCUCAGGCUAACAUUCAGCCUCAGCCCUACUCUCAGCCCCAUCCCCAACCCCAUUCCCAGCCAAAACACACAAAAGACAGGAGGAUGAGGACAAGACUACAGCCUCCACCUCCCCACCCCACACAACCUCCUUCUCAGUCCCAGGAGGAGAGGAAGAGGCUGGGGGAGAGAGGACAGGAGAGCCCCCGGCCUGGUCGUCCUCAACAGGGGCCAAAACCACAGUUUGUGGAGGAGACGAGAGAGGAGGGAGAGAUGGAGAGGAGGAGGGGGGAUGAGGUGUGGAGGAGGAGUGAAGUGACGCGGACAGAGAUGAGGAGGGGAGAGGAAGAGCGGACAGAGAUGAGGAGGGGAGAGGAAGAGCGGACAGAGAGGAGGAAGGAAGAGGAAGAGCGGACAGAGAGGAGGAGGGGAGAGGAAGAGCAGACAGAGAGGAGGAGGGGAGAGGAAGAGCGGACAGAGAGGAGGAAGGAAGAGGAAGAGCGGACAGAGAGGAGGAGGGGAGAGGAAGAGCAGACAGAGAGGAGGAAGGAAGAGGAAGAGCGGACAGAGAGGAGGAGGGGAGAGGAAGAGCGGACAGAGAGGAGGAGGGGAGAGGAAGAGCGGACAGAGAGGAGGAAGAAAGAGGAGGAGAUGAAAGGAGAGGAAUCACAAAUCCAGAACCUUCUCCAGCUUCCAGUGAGACACAAGAUCCCUCUGCAGCACAUCCCCAGGAGAGAAGCCACCAUCUGUAAUGUGGACUCCAUGCUCCUGUUCCCGUCAGCUUCCUCUGAGAACUACGUCACCUUCUCCCGGAGCUUCCCUGCUCUUCCAGAACUCUCCGUGUGCCUGUGGCUCCGCGUCGACGUCGGGUACGUAGGAACGCUCCUCUCUUACGCCACGGAAGACAACGACAACAAACUAGUCCUAUACGGACGCAACUCCUCCUCCUCCUCUUCCUCCACCUCCAACCGAGCAACCCUGGACUUUGUGGUGGGAGACCCUGCGUACCGUGAGCUCCCUGUGGACUCUGUGCUGGACGGGUGCUGGCACCACCUCUGUGUACUCUGGUCCUCUAUCCAGGGACGAUUCUGGCACUACACCGACCGGCGCCUGACCUCCGCAGGGUCACGGUUCAGGAAGGGUUACGAGGUGCCGGGAGGGGGGGAUGUGGUGCUGGGAGCAGAGCAGGACAGCCAGGGGGGAGGGUUUGAUCCCAACGAGGGGUUCGUGGGGCGCCUGGCGGGGUUCACCGUAUGGGACCGGGUGUUGAGUCCUGGGGAGGUGACGGGGGUGGCUACGGGGAGGGGGGUACCCCGGGGGGUGGUGCUCGAGUUGGGGGACGUUGACGGAGUUCAUGGGGAGGUGCAGCAGGUAGCCUGCGAGUGCCUGGAACACUGUAGCUGAGACGUCUGAUUCCAAACCGACCCUAACCGCUCGUCCCUCAUCCCUAUAGGCACUCCUAGAUCUACGGUGUGGUCCUUUAGGGCAGAGUGGGCUUGUUUUUACUCCUCUGUACUUGAUUGAUCAAUUAAGGUAAUUGAUUUCCCCUCACCUGGUUGUCUAUGUCUUAAUUGUGCGUCAAUUAAAAAUAAAUAAUAACAAACAACAACAACCAGCCUGGGGGGCCUUGGGAUUCAGCUGUCUAAAUGUUUUACUGUUCAUCAAUUGUCACGCAUAGGUGUAAUAGGUGGCGGGGAAGUCAGGCGCAGGAGAGUCAAAUGGAGUGUAAAUAUGGAGUCUUUUUAUAAAGUUCCAAGAGUAUGCUCCAUAACAAUAAAUGUACAAACAAACAAAACAUGGGUACGAAGACCCGACGCGCACCUAUACAAACAAUCACACUACACUGACAACAAAUCAAUCUCUGACAAAGACAUGAGGGGAAACAGAGGGUUAAAUACACAACAGGUAAUGAAUGGGAUUGAACACAGGUGUGUGGGAAGACAAGACAAAACCAAUGGAAAAUGAAAAAAGGAUCAAUGAUGGCUAGAAGACCGGUGACGUCGAACGCCGAGCACCGCCCGAACAAGGAGAGGCAACGACUUCGGCAGAAGUCGUGACAUCAAUUAACUACCAGGGAGAAUGAAGACCGGCAGAACUGCCCUUUGGACUGGAUGUGGACCUGUAUUGAAAGAGGAACACUUCUCUAACCUUAAACAGUGCCACUGACACACUGUAAAAUUGAGCAUGUGAAUGAAAGCCAUCAAUUAUUACUUAAAGCAAUGUUGUUAUAUGGCUAAACAAAGACUAUUUCAUAGCAUAUAUAUUGUUACCCAGCAA